AUGAUGAUGACUGGCCGUGUGCUGCUGGUGUGUGCCCUCUGCGUGCUGUGGUGCGGUGCCGGCGGUAGAUGUGACGGGGAUGGUAGUGGUAUUACUGAACCACAAGAUCAACCAUCGAAGGCUUCACAGUCUUUAUCUCAAGGCGGUCAUGCAGAACAACUGGAAAUAACAAAUUCAAUCGGUGGAGUAGUGAACAACUCAAAUGAACUGUUAAAUGGGCAGGACGGUAAGAAUGGCAGCCCUCAAACAGGUUCCGUCAAACAACCAGCAACAGAUAAUGACAGGAUGGAGGCAGAAGAAGAAAAAGCAAAAGGAAAAAAAGUGAAAGAUGAAGAAAUAAAAAGAGAUGGAAAAGAGAAAUUGCAAGAUGAUUCAGAAGGAACAAAGGAACACGAAGGCCCAAUAGAAGCCAAAAGAAACACAUCUCCACCAACGGCAGCAAAUAAGUUGUUAACAAGUGAAGAAGAACCAGUAGAUCCAGCAGCAGGACAUGCAGGACAUACGGGUCAAGCAGUAAAACCGCCGCAAUUACCAGCAACCCCACCACUACCAGCAGUAGGACCACAAAUACCACUAAAAGCAGCAUCACCACAAGUAUCGGAUGAAACUCAACCCUUUGGCAGUUCUGUUGAAGGUUCUAAGGAGGGUGGAGGUGUUGAUUUGAAGACUCCUGCUUCUGAUAGUGGCAAUCCAUCUUCUGUUGUCAGUUUAUUUUCCGGUGGUGGAACUAGUGGAGGAGGCGGUGGCAGUCCUCAAGGUGACUCUUCGGAUACUCCUCUCUCUGCAGGUGGCACUUCUUUAUCUUCCGCUCUUGAUGCACCAUCCGUUCAGGAGACGCAAUCCCCAGAAAGUGUUCGGCACUCGGAAACAGUGUCUCCUGGGACCGCAGUGCCCAACGAGCAUCCAAGGGAGAGGUCAGAAUCCGAAGCAAAAAAAAACUUCUCUACUUCACAAGAAGCAGCAAAAAGUCCAGAUGAUGAUGGGGAUGCAACUGAAAAGGAGAAGGAGAAGGGAGACGUCGGUCUGAAAGCCACUACAAGCCCAACGCCUAAUACCAGCAGCCCACCAGUAACACAAACAACUCCACGAGCAUCUUCCGAAGAACCAUCACCAACAACGGAAGUUCAAGCAGGAGAAGAAACCUCAACAGAAAAUGUUACCAUCGCCAUGAGAAAUGCCACUGAAAAUACAGGCGACACUGACGGCAGCACCGCGGUCUCCCACUUCACCUCCCCUCUUUUGCCUCUUCUUCUUGUUGUUGCGUGUGCGGCUGCUGCUGCGGUGGUGGCCGCGUGA